AUGUUCUCGCGAGGUAUUGACAAUAUUGAUCCGCAGUCCGUCAUAAUAAAGCGAUUUUUCUCCACUGAAGUACUAUUGUCGCGUUUCGGUAUUGUUUGUUACAGUUAUGGAAGAUACAAUGGUAGAAUUUCCCAGCUCUCUCGAGAGCGUUCUCGGAAUCUUCAGUGUCGCAAUGGUGUUAAUAUGAAGUCUUAUGAACAAAUGAUUAGCUGCGCUAAGGAAAACUUUUCCGAUAUCGUUCAAGGAUUGGUGGGAAGAGAGGAAUGUACGAUAUGCUGUAAGACUAACGAUGUGUUCGGAUUAGGUUUAUGUAGGCACCCCGUCUGUAUGGAAUGUGCAAUUCGUAUCAGAAUUCUUUCGAAAAAUAACCAGUGUCCGAUCUGCAGAACAAAUGUGGAGACGCUGUGGUUCGCAUUCGCAUCGAGUGGUUUGGGUUCGAUAUCCUUAUGGUUCGAAUCGUUGAACCAUCCAGAUGAGGAGAGGUUCGGCAUUCAAUUCCAAAACAAAGAUGUGUGCAUUCGUUAUGAAAAGUAUUUGGCUCACGUAUCGACCAAUCACCCAACCUUCACUUGUUCACUAGAUCCCUCGUUUUUCAGUGCUGAUGGCGAAAGGCUUGAGUUUCAUACGUUCGUUGCAUUAAGACAUCAUAUGUCUAAUGUUCAUCAGUUGGCGUAUUGCCAUAUCUGCACAGAUAAUUUAAUGUUGUUUUCAAGAGAAAGAAAGACAUAUACGAGAGACGCACUUCAACGACAUAUUCGAUGUGGAGAUAGAGAGGACAAAAGCUUGAAAGGGCAUCCUCUGUGUUUGUUUUGUGAGCAGCGGUUUUUUGACGAGGAAUGCCGAUAUCGACACCUUCGCAAAGAACAUUUCUUUUGUCAGUUUUGUGAAAACGAGGGUAAACACUUCAACAUAUUUUUCGGGUCCUCCAGAGAACAUAGUGGUAGCCGUGGCGCUGUAGCACUCGACUUUCAAUACAGCGAUCGUCAGCUUGCUGGUUCAUCACGACCAAAACGCGACGUUCCUAACGCUCAAAAUGCUCCACUUAUCCGUCGUGAUAAAAUUUCUGUUAUUCAGCAAGAACAAGUUUCUCAACCUAGGCGCAGACCAAACGAAUACAUCGUUGUGCCGUCAGCUCAGAGCAAUAAUCGCGCUAUUCGUUCCAAUGUCUCACCAUUAUACACUCUUCAAAGUGAAGAUUUUCCCAACCUAGGAAAUUUUCCUAAUUCUCUGACGAGUUUACGUUCUGAUAACUUUGCUCGACUGAAUCGGGUGAAUUAUGCAACUCUUUCGCAUGGUAAUUCAUCUACGUCUACUCAAUCAGCAUUCAGGGACCCGUCUUCUAGAGACUUCUCCUCAUCCUCGAGGAAUAUCUUGAAGAAUGGAUCUGAGAACGCCGUAGAACAUUUCCCAGCUCUGUCUGUAUCACGUGGUCGAGGUUCUGUGACGUCUGCUUGGGGUGGUAAAAAGAGCUUUAAAUCAGUUAUUUCGGGAAACGAGGUGCCAAGUAACGUGAGGACCUUACCAGAACCGGAUAUUUGGCCGGGAAAUAUUUCUACACCAUCUACAACGGAUGUCGAGACAGAGCAGUGGCAUGAGGUGCCUGGUAAACCCCGGAAGUUUGAUAAGAAACAGCGACCAGCCCGGCAAAAGGCUGUUGUGCGAGAAAGUAAUGAUGUAGCAGGUACAGAGCAAAGACCAUUCGGAAAAGAGUCAAGCGAACCAUCGGUCGACACUCCACCAGGGCUUUGUAUUAGACCUUCGUCAACCAGCGAUAUUCUUCUGGGACCUCCUCCAGGAUUUGAAAAUGUCUGUAUCGUCGAUUCAGCACCACCAGGGCUACCAAUUACAUCUGUAUCUCCAUCUCCGUUCCCAAAGACUAAUUUAAUUUCUCAAUCUGACACCAACAAAAAUACUUCCAUUGAAAUCGUGCAAAAACCUGAAGACGAAUGGUGCGACGCGAACGAGAACUAA